UCUCCCAGAAAAACUGGAUUAUUUAUUAUUGUGGAAAUGCCUCUGGCUCUCCUCUGAGAAGCUUCCUGGGGCUCAUUUCUCCGCAGCCAUCCAGCUGUAAACCUUCCCUGUCUGUGUGCACCCAGAGGACCCUGCAGAGGGAGGUGUCACGCAGACACAAGCGUCCACAGAAAGUGGAGCUCUGUUCUUCCCUUUGGAUGUUCAGACUCUCUUUCUUCCUUUCACUGUUGUCCAACACAUACGAGCGGCUCUUUCUGACUGCUUCGCUUCACUGCUUCUCAGGCGAGGCCGAACUGACCAAUCAUCCCAGGUGUCAAGCCGGUACCUGUCCGAUGUCCUCUCCUCCCACAGUGUGAUGCGUCAUGGCUCCGGUGCUGAGUGGAGUGUGGUGGGGGCCGGAGGCGGGGGUCGUGGGGUCGGGGGCCGCAGCUGCUACCGGGGUGGCGUCGUGGCUGGGCAGCGGGCAGCUGGUCCUGGUUGUCACCCUGAGCACCCUCGCCACCCUGCUGCUGGUCUCUGUGAUGCUGCUGCUGUGUGCUAGCUGCCAGGGGCAGAAGAAGGCGGUCAGUGGACAUUCAGCAGGAGACCACCAGAACCUCAUGAAUGGAGUGUCAGAGAAAGACACGAUCAGCCAAUCAGCAGACAGUCCUGCGACGGACUUGGCCGUCAGUAGCUCUCACAAUGGUCCUUUAACCAGCGGUACAAUCCUCUCAGACACACAGGACAACAGUCCCCAGCCAUCAGAGGAGAUGCUCUCCAGCCAAUCAGAGCUCAGGUCCUCUAAGUGUCCUCAGGACCGUGAGCUUCCCAGCAUUCCUCCCAACAAUGGCCUUAUUGGGGAGGGACCCCCGGCCUCAGGGGACUGCACCUAUGAGGUGGUGAAGGAGAUGGCGGUGUCGUCACGUGACGUCAGCGUGGAAGACUCCCUGUACGAGACGGUGAAGGAACUCAAAGAGCCCCCCCCACAGCUGGGCCUCCCCAACGGUACCAUCCAGCUGAGCUCAGACAAACCUACCACUCACCCCCCCGCAAUUCUCAACGGCCACCUGAGCCCCUGCACUCCUGAGCGGGGGCCCCUAUGCGCUGGGGUGGAGUACGCCUCCGUGGACCUGAAUAAGAAGAGCCGCCACAGCGCAGACCUGGAGGCCAAACGGCGCUCUGAUAACGCCAGCCUGCCCCCCCACAGGCCUGUAGAGGAACCAGAGGAGGACUUACCCCCCCCGGUACCAGAGAAGGUUCUGGAUGAAAAUGACAACCAGCCAGUGGUGAUGAAUGGGAUGACCGGCGCUGGGCUGCACAAUGGAGAGUUACAAUCCCCUCUCUCUCCUGAGCCUGGGUUCAGCAACCACAACCUGUCAGACAAUGAGUCAGCGGUGUACUCCACAGUCGACAAAACAAACUGUGACGAAAGUGUGAGCGAGGAAGACAAAGAGCACGACUACAGCAGCAUCGCAGAGCUCAAAGGUCUCGUCCCCGCCUCUUCCUCCAGUGACCUCUACGCCAAUGUCCGAGAUAUCUACGCCCAGCCCGAUGAGCCCGAGCAGGAUGAAGACCCCGGCAUGGACAGCACAGACCCUGGCUACGAAACCAUCCGCAUCCCAAAGACUAGUAGCUCGGAUGAUGACCACAGGGCGGAUGGUUCAGACGCUGCACAGCCAGAGCCUGACUACGAGAGUGUCGGAGAGAUGGGGCUAAGCCGGGAAACGUCCCGCCUCUAAGUUUUCCCCCUCUUCACCGUGGGAGAAACUUCCUCACAGACGUCACUGCAGUGCUUUGAACCUGCUACGAAGCAUGCUACUGGUGCAUGCUCUGGGGGAAAUGGCAGACAAUGGUGCACCACAGCAUCCAUCAACAAUACAUCAGCGUCCUCUUUACAGCUCGGGUACGGUUUAUCACAAGUGAACUUUUAAUGUAUCAGCCACGGUGAAUGUCAUUGGUACUGGUAGGCCUCAUAGGAAAUUAACAGUAGUGCCUCAGUCAUCGGUUGUUAAUCAUGUGGAUGAGUGCAUCAUUGAAUUCAUCUUUUGUCUUUCUGACAGUGCAUAUCGUGGGCACAUUAAACCACAUUUGUGUGAAAAUAUCAAAUGAAUAUCAAAUCACAACACACACAUGUUUUUUUUAAGGAUAGGAAGAGGACACUAUCAGUGCCUGUGAUAUAACAAAAAGAAAUCCAAUAAUUCAGUGCCAUAUAAUCAUGAAAAGUCAUGCACUUACUGUACAUAUGAAGGCAUCAUGGUUUCUCCUCUGCAGCUGCUAGCGGCUUUCUUCUAGGUGACUCAGUGUCAUGUUAUAUUGAGGUGUCAGACGUGUUUCUAUUCUUUGUCAGGUUCAGCAGCUUUGCAUUCUCUGCUUGAAAUUCAUGUUUUAGGCAUUCAAAGCAAAAGCCAGAAGUAUCUGUGACCACAUGGUUAGUUAAAACAAGUCCAUAGAUUACGGCACUCAAUAGAAAUGAAGACUUUUUGAUGAGGAAAGGAAAGUGAUCUCAAAUGAGCUUGAGGUGUCCCGAUACAUAUUUGAAAGCAUUUUAGACGUAUCCCAGCCAAUGGCAACCUUUUUUGUGUGAAUUUCAUAUUUAUUUGAAGAUGCGUAUUGUUGUGUGAUUGUGAAAUGUUACAGAGUCUGGGAGCGCAAAGUAAAAAAGGGUUUUCUGGAAGUUUCUAGAAUUUUGAAUGAUAUUAGAUGAAAGGAGGUUGUAAAGUCACAACAGUUGUAAAGGUACAUUUGACCCCGACUUCUUUGUUUUGAAGGAAUCUUUCUUUUUAAAACAAUACGUAUGAUGAGUAGAUAUUUCAUUUUUUGUCAUUUUGCACAAGGCUCAAAACGAAUUGAAAAGAGUUUUUAAAAUGACACAAAAACGUGCUUUAUUGAUGCAAAUGUAUUGAUCAACUGUACUGUUUUGUUAGUCUAUUGAGCCUGCUCUUGGUACAGUAUACAGCCUUCAGUUGGCAUCCCUGAUGAUUUUAAGCACAAGGUUUAAUAUCAUGGUACUGCAUUUAUAUAUUCAAAAGCAUCAUCACAAUCUUGCUACAUUCUGCACAAUUUGAAUAUCUAAAGCUUUUUAACUAAGUAGCACUAUGAUAAAAAAAAAACAUAUCUUUCUGUUUGUAGCUUGUACUGACGACAUGCCAACCAAGGCUUGUAUAUAUUUAGAGCACUAUUUUAACCAACUGUUAUUCGCUGGAUGUUUUAUGUGAGUUUUUACCUAUUUGUACAAUGUCCAGAGUGUUAUUAUUUUUGAAAUAAGUCUGUUAAGAGCACUGAUCGAUGUCUGCCUUGUUUAAAGGAAAACAAAGGCUUUUUUUUUAUCUUAUAGUAACUCAAUUUGCCAAAUAGCUUCUGAGUGUUGAGAAGUAGUAACCAAUCGAAUAUGAUAAAUAUGGUACAAUGUUUUGGUACAUGCAUUUUGAGAAACAGUGAGUGUGGUACUUUAUUUAAAAAAAUGAAUUAAUGUGUCAUAACUGUUGUUUGGUGUUUGUUUUCAAAUUUAACAGGGCCAAUUUUUCUUUGCUGUAAAUAUCUAUUUUACUGCUACAGUAUCUUCCGUCUUUGCAGAAAAUAAUUGGUGUCGUCUGUUUCCACCCGAAUGAAAAUAUUAAAACAUUAAAGCAUC